AUGGCGUCCCCGCACUCCCCGGCUGCCUCCAUUGGCAGUUUCGACAACGGCCCGCCCUCGCUCGAACAGCUCGUUGCCCACUUCGUCAGCGCCAAGCGCUCUCUGGCCUCCAUCCACCAUGUCUGGCGCGCCAACGAGGUCGUCACCCAGGCGCGCCAGCUGCUGGAAGUCGACGCCGUGCUUACCAGCAAGAUAGCCUUCCUCGGCCGCGGGCUCGACGAGCAGACCAAGACACUGAGAACACUGCGCUACGGCGUCGAUAUAGUGGGUGUAGAGGGGCACGACGAGUUCAAGGAAAUGCUGACCAACCUCGACGAAUCAUCGCACCAUCUGCACAACACUCUCCGCUUGCUGAAGGAAACACCGAUCCACACCACCCUUCAGCCGCCGGGCACGCCUCAGAAAUAUCUGUUCGAUUUCAUCGACUCGUCCAGCGUCGACGAUCUCGAAGCGUCGCUACGCGGCUGCAUAGACCGCACCAACGAGGCCGACUCGGUGCUGGCAGAGACGAUCGACGCGUUCGGGGCAUCGCUGGCACGCCUCGAUGAUGCCAUCGACACCUGUCCACCGCCUCCAGAUCCCUCGCCCUCGCCCCUGCCGCCCUCGUUCCGCCAGCUCGAAGGUCAUGCCACCGAGACAGCAUCGCUCCUCCAAUCCCUGGUCCGCCACUACGACCUUUGUGUCACUGCGCUCAAACACACGGAAGGAGGCAACGAGGCCGCGACGCGAGCCGCGUCUGACGAGUCCCCACUGCCGAGCUCGAACGAUCUGCCCCACGACCUAGACCCGAAUCUGCACGUCAACCUCGACCAACUGGACAUCGAUGUCGCGAGCCUGAGACCAGAUGCCCCACCUCCGCCGCCGAUGACGGAGGCCGAACGCGCGGAUAUGCUGGCCGUGCUGGCGAAUGAUGCUGCAGAAGUUGACGACGUGGUGGCAGAAAUUCGAGAUCGGGUGUCCGACAUGGAAGGCCUCGCGGCUGAGAUGGCCGGUCACAUCGAGGCUCUUCAGGCUUCAUACUCGGCACAUCUUCAGGCCUUUCGCCUCAUGGUCGAUGUUGGCAAAGAGGUUCCUGAACACCUUGCCAGUUGCCGCACCUUCCAGGCCCGCUGGGGAGAAGAGAAAACCAAGAUUGAAGAGGGUAUGUUGGCUCUUGAGGGUCUUCGAGAAUUUUAUGAUGGUUUCUUGGAUGCAUACGAUGGGUUACUCGUCGAGGUGGAUAGGAGGAGGUCGGUGAGAAUCAAGAUGGAGCAAUAUGCGCGGGACGCUUUGAGGAAAAUCGAGCGGCUCUACGAAGAUGACCUCGCCGCGCGCAAUACCUUUCACAUCACGCAAGGCGAGCAUCUACCCUCAGACAUUUGGCCUGGUCUCGUAGAUCCGCCUCCCCGCUACGAGCUCGUGGUGUCGGCCGACCGCGAGACGCCGCCCUCUGCAGCCAUGGCUGGAGAGAAACAGAUCAGGCAACAGGCCGCGAUUGAAGAGAUGGAAAAGCGUAUCCGUGACAUCAGCAUCCCUGCGCUUCCAGACGAUGUGGUCGACGGAGCCAUCCGCCGCAUGGAAGAGCGACGAAUGUGA